AUGAGACCUCCUAGCCCUCUGCUGAUCCUCUUCUACAUCACGCUGACCAAGAGUGCCAAGGAGGUCAAGUUGGUCUCCAAGAGGGGCUCAGUUGAUGGCUGCACAGACUGGUCCAUAGACUACCUGAAGUACCAGGUACUGGUUGGGGAGCCUGUCAGACUGAAGUGUGCUCUGUUCUAUGGGUACAUCAGGGCGAACUACAGCCAGGCGCAGGGCGUGGGCCUCAGCCUCAUGUGGUACCGCAGCUCUGGACUGGGGCACAGUGACUUUGAGGAACCCAUCUCCUUUGAUGGGGUGAGGAUGAGCAAAGAGGAGGACUCCAUCUGGUUCAGACCGGCCGACUUCCAGGACGUGGGGCUCUACUCCUGUGUGCUGCGGAACUCUACUUACUGCAUGAAAGUGUCCAUGUCUCUGACUGUGGCGGAGAAUGACACAAACCUGUGCUACAACUCCAACAUGAGGCGGAUGGAAAAGGCGGAGCUGAGUAAGACCAAAAACAUCACCUGCCCCAACAUCGAGGACUAUGUGGAGCCGGGCAAGGAGUUGGAGAUCACAUGGUACAAGGAAUGCCGUCCGAAGCAGUGGCGAGCCAGCGUUCUCUAUAAAGGAACCAAUCUGACAUUUGAAGAGGUGACGGAGGAGGACAUUGGAAAUUAUACUUGUGAGGUGCAGUUUGGAGGCUUUUUGGUCAGAAGGACGACAGAGCUCAUUGUCACUGCCCCUCUGACCGACAAGCCGCCCAAAAUCCUGUUCCCGCCUGAAAACAAGAUUAGCACCAUGGAGCUCCAGCUAGGUAGUACUCUGAACCUGACGUGCAGAGCCUUUUUCGGCUACAAAGGAGAAGCAGCGCCGAUCAUGUACUGGAUGAAAGGGGAGAAGUUUGUGGAGGAUUUGGAUGAAGAGCGAGUUCAAGAGAGCGACAUCAAGGUUGUAAAGGAGCAUCUGGGGGAACAGGAGGUGGUCAUCUCCUUGACGAUAGACUCAGUGGAGGAGGAGGACAUGGGCAACUACUCCUGCUAUGUGGAAAAUGCCAACGGUCGGCGACACGGCACCGUGCAAAUCCUAAGACAGACAGAGUUGAUGUACACGGUAGAGCUGGCAGGAGGUCUGGGAGCUAUUCUUCUCCUUCUCAUCUUCCUCAUCUCCCUCUACAAGUGCUACAAGAUCGAGCUCAUGCUAUGCUACAGGAGACACUUCGGCAGCGAGGAUCUUGAUGGAGAUAACAAAGACUAUGAUGCAUACUUGUCCUACACCAAAGUGGAUCCGGACCAGUGGAGCCAGGAGACCCGAGAGGAGGAGCGCUUUGCUCUGGAAAUCCUUCCAGAUGUUCUGGAGAAGCAUUAUGGAUACAAACUCUUCAUUCCAGAUCGAGAUCUCAUUCCAACAGGAAGUCUCACCAAUGAGCAUUACCCGGAUGACACCCGGCUCUUUGGAGCAUACAUUGAGGACGUAGCUCGAUGCGUAGACCAGAGCAAGCGACUCAUUAUAGUCAUGACCCCAAACUACGUGGUGCGUCGAGGCUGGAGCAUCUUUGAGCUGGAGACUCGGCUCAGAAACAUGUUAGUGACCGGAGAGAUUAAGGUCAUACUGAUCGAGUGUGCUGAGCUCAGAGGCAUCAUGAACUAUCAAGAGGUGGAGGCGCUCAAACACACCAUCAAAACCCUCACUGUCAUCAAGUGGCACGGCCCCAAGAGCAACAAGCUCAACUCCAAGUUCUGGAAGCAGCUGCAGUACGAGAUGCCCUUCCGGCGCACAGAGCCCAUGCUGAGUCACGAGCCGGCUCUAGACGUGAGCGAGCAGGGCCCCUUCGGAGAGCUGCAGACAGUCUCCGCCAUCUCCAUGGCAGCUGCCACAUCCACAGCCAUGGCCACGGCCCACCCAGAGCUGCGCUCGUCCUUCCACAACACCUACCACACCACCAUGCGGCAGAAACACUACUACCGCAGUUAUGAGUUUGACAUUCCCCCUGGAGGCACCCUGCCACCCCUGUCCUCUCUGGGGAACCAGCACACCUACUGCAACAUCCCACUCACACUGCUCAAUGGACAGCGGCCUCCAGGAAAGAGUCGAGAGCACAGCCUGGAGGAGGCCCACGCCAACAACGCCAUGCUCCCUCUGCUGCCACGAGAAACCAGCAUCUCCAGUGUCAUCUGGUAG